AUGUUACAGCCUGCCGAUCCAACUGCACCGCGAGCCCAGCUCGUUGCGAUGCCACAAUUGGCUGAGGCCAGAUGCAGGGAUGAUAACUGGACUGGGGCCAAGGACGCUGCAGCCCGCAGACGGGCACAAACUAGACUGAAUACAAGAGCAUACCGAAAACGAAAAGCUCUAGCCGCACCUGGUACAUCGAACAAAUCGAAAGUAUUUGUAGGAUGCUGGGACAACGAUCAACAAUCCAUGACCAUCGUCCCAGCAUCUCAUGCCAAGCAAACUUAUGACCCGAAGAAUCCUUUAGUGCCAGAUAAACGAACGAAGCAAUUCGAGAUUGUCUUCCCGCUGUGUCUAGACCAUCUAAUCACGCUCCUCCAAUUCAACGCUCUCCGUGCGCUGAUAGUAAACCAUACCCUAGUUUCGGGCAUCUACACCACACCAGUUGACUGUGGUGAAGAGGUGAUCCAUAUCACACCUUACCCUGUUAACCCCGGACGAUUCCCUCCUACACUUCUGCCCACCCAUCUUCAACAAACGGUUCCGCAUGGAAACUGGAUCGACAUUUUCCCAAGUGCCGAGGGACGAGACCGGCUAAUAGAAGCCGCGGGUACCUUCGAUGAGGAUGAGCUGUGGAUGGAUUGUAUCGGUGGGCUGUAUGAAGGCUUCCCCGAUGACGAAAUCGAACGACGGGGAAUCGUUGCGUGGUCACCUCCCUGGGAUAUCAGUGGGUGGGAGAUGUCCGAAGGAUUCGUGAAAAAAUGGGGGUGGUUGGUAGAUGGCCUUCCCGGCAUACUGGAGGCGACAAAUCGUUGGCGGGAGAGCAGAGGCGAAGAGCCUUUCCCUCAAGAUAGCUGCACAGUCUACGGAGCGGAGUGA